CUGAGGAGAUCAGUGACACAUCUGGUACCCUACACAUACAAGCCUGGCUACUUGAUUCCUGUAAAAAGAAGUUUUCUAAAUCUUUCAUGAUGGAUAAAAACAACAUAAAUACAACGUUUCCUACGAUAGACAAUGUUAAGUUUGAUUCAUCAUAUAGCCUGACUUCUACAAUUGUCUCUGUGCAGAUGAAAGUUUUCACACCAAACAAUGCCGGGUUCGUGUUUUACGCCGGUGGAAGUGCAAUGAUUGACACAUCGUUAGACCGAUACGGCGCCAUUAUAUAUGGUUACACAGAAACGGAAGUGUUUCUAUGGAGACCGGGCAAAGACACAUCAAAUGGUUAUUUGGUCUAUGUUGGCGGGAAAUGGGGAAAUGGAGAAAGCAGCCAGCAGGCUUCUAUUGUAGAAGUCACUGUAAAAGUCAUAGACUUCGAUGGAGUAUGCCAAUUACCACCAGACAUUCCAAACGCAGAUGUGACGGUCAACAACAACACGGCUAGAUAUUUCUGUAAUCCAGGGUAUUAUCAGCUGGAGGAUACAGAUGACUUCAUUUCCUUUGACAACAAUAACUGGCAACCUACAAACUUUGAAUGCAUACAAAUUUGUGAAGCCCCGCUCCCCAUACCAAACGCCGAAGUAAUGAGAUUUAACAACAGAGCAAUGUACUCGUGUCGGGAGGGUUAUCGCUCUAUGUCUGGCAGUAAUAUAAUCAACUGUACAGCGUCUAAAUGGCAAACGACGACAUUCUCAUGCUACGCGUUAUCCUGUGGUCCGGCACCAAACAUAACAAAUGCAGAUGUACUUGUAAACGAUGAUGGUGCUAUGUAUGACUGUGAUUAUGGUUACAUACCAAGUAACACAAACAACAGAAUUGUCUGUAACGAUAGUGUUUGGUCACUCACAGAUUUCAAGUGUUUAAGUACGUAUGAUAUACAUAUAACCGUAUUGUACAGCAAGUAUCACGUUAUUGUCCAUUUCCCCUUCUCUAUUUAAAAAAAAGAAACAUCCGUUCCAACGAAAGCUAUAAACAGUUCGGGUCUGUUGACCAACAGGUGUGUAACGCUCGAUUUCGAAAACCCACCUGCACACCUAAAAAUCGUGACUGACAACUAAAACUCGUGACUGACAUGUCGUUUUCCUUUCUAGGUUUUUAAAACGUAUGCCUUUUUUCAUUUUAUAUGCGUAUUCCGUUUGUAAGUAAUGCAUUGACCUGUUUAUUUGAUGUUAGUAUUAUCCUGGCCUGGAAAA